GCCGGUGCGCCCGGCCCCCUGAGCGCAGUUUCACGCGGAGCAGCGAGUGACUCAGCAGCGCUGGGCGGGUGCAGGCCAGGGCGGGGAUUUUGCACUCGCCCCGGCUCUUUCCAACUAUAAACACAGCUCGCGGCGCUCAGCCCCACCACGCCUCCUCCAAGUCCCAGCGAGUUCUCGUGCAGCCGUGUCCCGACUCCAGCCGCCUCUUCAGCUCGCCAUGGACCCCAACUGCUCCUGCACCGCCGGUGACUCCUGCACCUGCGCCGGCUCCUGCAAGUGCAAAGAGUGCAAAUGCACCUCCUGCAAGAAAAGCUGCUGCUCCUGCUGCCCUGUGGGCUGUGCCAAGUGUGCCCAGGGCUGCAUCUGCAAAGGGGCAUCGGACAAGUGCAGCUGCUGCGCCUGAAGCCAGGACAGCCCUGCUCCCAUAUGUAAAUAACAUGACCUCUACAAACCUGGAUUUUUUUUUUAUUUACAACCCUGACCCGUUUGCUACAUUCCUUUUGCUAUGAAAUAAUGUGAGUGAUAAUAAAAGAGCUUUGACUUGA